GUCUAUCACGUGCGCCAGGGUCACGAGGCGUAGGCCAUGGCAACGGAAUGGUUAUUUAUGUGUUUUGUACCCGUUUGGGCAUGAUAUUCAUCAUAACUGUCUCUAGAAAUAGUAAACAUUCUUCCUAACGAUUAAUUAAUUGUUUUGAAUGCUUUGAUGCCAUCGAAAAUCAGGAUUGUUUUGGAGGGAUACGCGCGGUAUCGUGAUGGUAAGAAGUGGAAGAAACGUUACUGCGUGUUGUCACUCUCACCAACUACUCCAGACGCUUUACAUUUAUACAUCACUAAAAGUUACGAUGAUUUUGCAGCUUAUCGUAAUUCAGGUUCAGUGCUUACUGCAAUGCUUCCAGCUGUUCGCAAAUUACAUGAAUUGCCAAUUUCUCCAGAAUCCCGUGUUUUACUUAAUGAUACUCCCAAUAUUAUACAAAGAUCAUCUGAUCACAAUCAUACCUUAUCAGUUUAUCAAAAUACUUUAACUUCUCCACCCUCCACAUUAGCCAAUUACUGUUCAUCGAUUACAACUUCUAGUGGUCCACUAAUUAAUACUGCAGCUCAUUCUUAUAAUACUGCUUCAGGGAACACUUUAUCAGGACUCGCAACAGCAUCAAAUUUAGCAUCAAGUGUUGGUGGUCCAUCACCUGUGGAUGAAAUCACAGGUUUUGAAAGUGGUUACCAUAUGGAUAAAGAAUCAAAUAUUAUAGUCUUAAUUGGUGGAUCAUCUGUGUAUGCAUUAGCUCUAGCCGGUAUGGAUGAAAUGUUCUGUUGGGCUGAUAACCUAGCUCGUAUCGUUGUUGACAAUCGAUUUCGAGUCACAUUACGUCAUAGUGGUGAUGGUAGUAAACUAUUUCAAGGUCUUCAAGGCAGUUUACAUGUACAACAUUGGCGUCUAUGUUUAAUAGGUGAACCGUCGACUGGAUGUAAAUUUAUUUGUAACUGGCGAUUAGAUCAUGUUGAUAAAGCAUAUACAAUGACAAUGCCUGCACAAAGUGCGAAUCAAUUUUUAUCUAACAAUAGUAAUAUUAACUCCACCAAUACUUCCACUUCUACUACUACUGUUACUACUACUACGAGUAAUUCUACGACAGGAAUCACCAAUAAUUCUACAUCAUACGUUUCAACAAGUUUAACAACAGCAUCUGCUUCUUCUAUAUCUUCAUCUUCGUUUAAUACUGGUAAUCCAUUGAAUUUAGAUCAUCACAGAAAUGGAUCACGAACUGGAUUAACAACAAUAUCUACAGUACCAGCGACGACAACAACAAUGAUAACACCACCAAGUACUACUGCUUUAAAUAAUCCAAACAAAUAUUUGUUUUUCAUGGAAUGCAGUCCAGCUUCGGGAAAAGGUCGUGGUUCAUAUAUAUUUGAAAUUGAUGGUAGCCGAUUAGUUGAGUUAACAAUAGCUAUUGAGCAAUUCACUGCAUUACGUUAUAAUCCAAAUUUGAAACCGGCUACAUGUGCAGAAGCGUCUCAAUUAACUGUUACAGCUCAAUCAAAUUUAGGUACAACAAAUUUUGGAACAAUCGAUCGUUGUAAUAAAAAUGAUAAUUUAUUUCAUAAUAGUAACCCUCCAAUAUGUACAACAAUACAAAAAAAUAAUGGUAGCAGUACAAUUGAUGAUUUAGGUAUUGCUUCAUCAUCAUUCUCAUCAGAUACAAGUAGUAAUCCACGAUCUGUCUCUCCAACCCAUCAUCAUCAACAACAACAGUUAACAAAAAGACGUAGUCGUGAUAGUAUUUUUAAUCCUUUACGAAAAAUAUCAUCUGGACAUCAUAAUUUUAAUUUAUUUAAAACAAAUGAUUAUCAAUCGUCAACAAUAGAUCGUCUUUUCAGUAAACAAACUAUGUCACAAUUCAUGAUUACUACUGCCACUAUUACUACUACUACUACUUCUACUAUUAAUACUGCUAAUACAACCACUUCCGGUACUGAACAAUCAUCAGUUCCUGUAUUACAUUCUAAAUAUAGUUGGAAUUUCCAAAGAACAUCAUCUUUAUCUCCUCCAGAUAUGAUUGUAAAUGAUUCCAUACUGGAUAAUUAUAAUCCUAAUUCACUGUCAAGAUAUGAUCGUUUACAUCAAAAUAGUUUUAAAGAACAAUUUAAUCUCAGUGGCGGUGGUGGUCUCAGUGUCGUUGCUACAACAAUUGGAGUAACAACUGCUACGAAUCAUAAUAAUAAUAUUCAAGAGGGUAACAAUAGUCCAAUUGAAAUUAUGAAUUUAUUAAAUAAAACGUCGCAUAAUGUUAGUGAUUUCAGUACAGUAUCUAAUCCUGAUCAAUCAGUUAUGUCUAACAAUAAUAAUAAUAAUAACAAUCCUCUUACCUCAUUUAUAUGUUCAUGUUCACCAUUAUGUAAUACUGGGACUAAUAAUAAUAGUAAUAAUACAUUCCCAAUGUCUUCAUCGUCUCGUUUAGUUGAUGAUGUGAAUGUAUUAUCUUCAUCGUCUUCUUCCUCAUUGAUGAUUGGUCAUGAUAUAAUUGAAAAUAUGUCUGAAACGAAUUAUUUUCUUGAUGAUAAUAUACAAGUAGCUAAAGUUGCAGCUGGUCUAAUUAUUUCUAAAAAACCACCUUACUAUCAUCACCAUCAACAACAACACUUCAGUGGAAGUGGUUAUCCUACACGAAUUUCCGGAUUAACACCAGCUAGUACAAUUUUUUCUGGCGUUUCUAAUAUGACAAAUACUACUACUAGUACUAUUUGUGGUGUUGUUACAACUGGUAACAGUAAACAACCGCUACCAUCAACAGUUCCUUCAUUUCGUGUUUCCUCUACAACUUCAACUCGUCAUCAUCCACAUACUCAUCAUCAUCGUUUUAUUUUCGAUGGUCCUAAUUCUAGUGGUAAUCAAUCAUCGAGUGGAUGUUCUACAACUGCAGUUCUUCCAUCAGUUCCUAUUCCAUCUAUUGGAACUGAUUCUGGUAUCAAUAUUCAUAAUUUUAUGCAUAGUUCAUUAUCAUCAUCUCCCAGUGAAUAUAAUCGUACACAACUUUACCCUGAAUCUUUAUUACCUAAACAAAGACAAGAUUCACAACAAUAUCAUAACAGUUUAUUGAAUUUUAUUUCAUCUUGUCAAAUCUCUGAUUCACUGAAUACAUCCACUUCAGACUUAAAUUUUUCUACUACUACUACUACUACCUCGUCUUCAGUGGAAUCUACUUUAGAUCAAGUUGAUAAUAAUAAGAAUAUUUGUAAUACUGAUAAGACUAUUACUAAUACCACUACUAUUACUACUGGUAGUAGUAGUACUACCACUACAACUUGUGUUACAAGUAUCCGCAACUCUCCUAAUCAUGAAAUAUUUACAGCAGAUGAAGACUACUGGGAUUUACGUGAUAGUAGUAAUUGUCAGCAUAAAUUGAUUCAGUCUUCAAAAGCGGAUUCAACUGUGGUUGGUGUUACAGAUGCAUCAAAUACAUCUGAUAAUCUCUGUGUUAUGACUGGUACAAUUCCAUCUGAUUCUGUUGAACUGCAUACAUGUACAGACUCAUCAUGUAAUCCAUGUGAACUUAAUCAGUUUACCAAUACAUCAUUUGUUUAUCCUCACUUCAAUAUGUCAUCAAUUGAACCUGGUCAAUGUAUUUACCGACAUCGAUUACAGCAAUAUCGAGUUUGUAAUUGUAUAUCAUUACUUCGACGAUCAUUUUCUGCGAAUUCUAACAUUCAAUUCAUUGAUUUAUCAAAUAAUGAUCUUCAAAUUGUUAAUUUUCGUCCAUCUUUCACAUUAAGAACAAUGUGUUCAUUAGACAGUUCUGUUGUUUCUCGUACAAAAACUAUAAAUGAUAAUGGUUUGGUCGAGAACAUUACUGCUGCUACUGAUCACAAUUCAAAACUUUGUAGGACUUUGCGAUCAUUUAGUACUAAUCCGCAUAUUUCUAUAACUUCCCCACUAUGUAAAUCUUUUUGUGGAGGUCGUUUUCAAAAAAUUCACAGAUUAUUUCAUCGUAAACAACAUUCUCAAAGUCAUGAUAAUCUUCAAUAUGGAAAAACUUCAAUGGAUAGAUCAGAACUUUUAAACGAUAUGGAUUUUGAUGUACAACUAUGGGAUGAAGCGAAAUCUAAAAAAAAAUUAUGUACGAAUAUACCAUCCUGGAAUUGUACCGGUGAGGAUUCUGAUACUAAUGAUACACAUGAAAAUCGUUUUGAUAGAAAUCUUGAUCUUUGGUGUCGAGUCUUUAUUUGCCCACGCCAUGGUGUUCAAAGUCUUCACUGGAACUUUAGUAGUGAUGAUGCUCAACAACAUAUUUCACGAUUGAAUACUAGCAGAAAAGACAGUGUUCCUCAGUCUAAGAAACAUUUAAAAUCGACAUUUGAUAAUCAAAAGCAUUCAAAGGUAUCAACUCUGCCAGCUCACUUUUUAAAUACUACCGCUUUACCUCGACCACUAUCCUUGGUACGUUUAACGACAGAAAAAUCAAAAUAUCAUUGUAGAAAAAGUUCUGAACACAAUAUAAAGAACAAAGAAUCGAAAGUUACAAAUUUAAACUUCGACGAAGACAGUAGUGUUGGUAAUAGUGAUAUUACUUCUUUAAUCAUAAAUGUAACAAGCUCCCACACACUUCCUAAAAACAAAAUUUCCCAUUCAUUACUACCAUCACAUACAACUAUCUCUUCAACUAUAAUCAAUCAAUUAUACAGUUAUUCUCCAAAUAAUAAUAAUUAUUACUAUUAUGCACCGGUUAGUAAUAGAUGUCCAUCUUUAAUAUCAUUAAAUUCCUCACCAUGUUCUGAACCAUGUUUAUCUAAAAUUAAUUUGAUCCAUUCAUUAUCAUCAUCAUUCGGUGUAGAUUAUAAUCAUGAUUUAUCAUUAAACAACAACACUUCGAAAUCAUUAAUAUCAUCUCCAUCCUUAUCACAAAAUAUGAAAGGAAGAAAUAAUAAUGAUGAUAGUAUGUUAUCAGAUGUACAAAAAUCAUGUCACUCAGAGAUGAUGACUGGCGGCAGCUCAGUAUUAUUAUCAUCAUCGCCAUCUUCAUCACCACCAAUGCCAUCGAUUGGCUUGAAAUAUCAUCCAUUGUUCCGUUGUAAUAAUACUGUUGAGAAAUCUUUAGUUGGCUCUUUAUCUAACUAUUGUGAUGUUGAAUUUCUAAAUGAAUUACGCUUGUAUUUGUUACGCAUGAAUUCUCACCAUAAUGAUAUUGGUAAUAAUAAUAUAUCUGGCGUAAUUGAAUCUUCUCAACAGAGAAAACAAAACGUUAAUGAUAAUGAUACUAUUGGCGAGAAUGUUACAUGUAUACGUGAUAUGCACCACGGUAGUAAUGAUGAUUCUGACAUAUUGCAACUAUCAUUACAUUCUGAUAAACAGACACAAUCCCUUUCAUCAUCCGCCUCCUCUUCAGGAGGACUAACAACAACGAAAAGAAGUGAUAUUACCCGGUCUAAAGCACUUUAUGGAAACAGCACAAUCGAUAGCAAUAUCAAUGAACCUAAUUAUUCCACAAAUCAACUGUCUUGUAACAGUAGUACUAGGCAAUCAUAUCUAUCUAAAUUGUUUGAUCGCUCUAUUAGUAGUAAUGUUAAAUCAUUAUCUCCAUCCAUUUUCUCUCCUACAAUACGAGCAAAUACUUUACCAACUACAAGAAUUCUUCGUCAACAGUCAAUUAAUCAUAAAAGUACUUGGAAUAAUGGUAAUAAUCAUCUUAUUGGUGUUAAUUCAUCAAAAGUGGAUACUACUAAUCAAGAUAUUCUUGCUAAUAGUAACAGUGUUAGUAGUAUCAAUCAAAAAGUCAAUAAUCGCUUACAUUUUUCAUAUCGUUCUGACCAUCGAAAUUCCACUGUGCAAGAUAAUCAUCAUUUUAAAAUGAACACUACUAUCAGUAAUGAUAAAUUAAAUAGCCUAUUAACUCGAAAGUUUUCUCAUCAACCAGAAAUCGACCAUUUCUCGCGUAUCAUAACCACAAAUACCUCUAGCAGUAACAAUAAUAAUAAGAGUAAUGCAAACAGACAAUUCAGAAAGUCCAAUGAACAACCUAGUGAUAAAUCUACACUUUCCAAUUGUAAUGUUGAACAACAAAUGCCUGUUGAAUAUCCUGUUUAUAAUAAUUUGAUUGAAUUACGAGAAAGUGCCCGUUCUCUGAGUAAUGAUGGUGUUGGCAGUAUGUUGACUUAUGGUUUAAAAUCGAUUCCAUCCCUUCAGUCCUCACUUAUAACAUCAACAUCUGGAAGCCUACAAUCUGAGUCAUCAUUAUCAUCACAAUCCCUACAUGUAACUACCAAUGAAGAUAAUAGUUAUCAUCAUCAUCACCAUCCCAAUCAAUCUACGACAGCCAAUUAUGUUAAUUUACCAAUGUUUUGGUCUAACCAUCAUUCUACUACUGCUACUACUACUACUCCUACACCUUCGUCAAUGUUUUCUAGGUCGUCCACAUCAUGUCAACGACAACAUUCUACUGAUAUGACGACGGUAACUACAACAAUAGAGCCUCGAUUGUAUGCUAAUAUAAUGCCGCUCAAUACUACCAGUAAAUAUCAAUCAGCUAGAAAUAAACAGCAACACAAUAAAACUGACUUAAGUUUAUUGUCCAAAAAUCAUAUUCGUUAUAGUGGUGUUGGUACUCCUCCCUCUGUGGCUGACUUUACUGGUAAUAAUAGCAAUAGUUCAUUAAAUGGCGAGUCACAACUGCCAUCAGGUGUUAUAAUUGAUCAUAAUUCAAAAAUUACGGAUAUAUCGAAGAAAUCUCAUUCUCUGGACCCUAAUUCAGUAAUUAAUUUUAUCCCUACUACAACAUCAUCAAUAAUACCUCAAUAUUGUUCAGUAGCAGUAGUGGCGAGCGCACGAGCAGCGGCAAAUUUACCCACUAACUCUGAUUAUUCAAACCUACCUGAUGAGGUCCGUGAUCCUAGUCGGAAUUAUGCUAUGGUCGAUUUAAGACCUAGUCCAGCAAGUUCUACUAUUCCACCUACAGAAUUAACACUGAACAUAAUUCAACAUCAUAAUGAUCACCGUACUGGUCAAUUUACAACCUGUAACAGUAGUAGUACUAGUACUGGCAGUAGUAGUAGUAGUGGUGAUUGUGCGAGUGAUGCAGCCACUCUAACAUCGGAUACCAUUGAAAGUUACGAAACUAUUGGUGCUUCUAAUAAUAACAAUUCAUAUAAUAAUAGUAAACUAAACAAAUUGAAAGCAAAAAAUUCAAUUGAUACGGACUCAUAUGGUGGUGGCGGUAUUCGUGGUGAAGAUAGCAACUUAUUGACUGGCUCAAUUUCUUCAUCACGUCGUAGACACAGUCAUAGUUUAUCAUCAGUGACUACAACAGACCACCCAUCAAUUCUAUUGAAUUAUAUUCAUGUUAUCGCUGCAUCUAAUAGUCGUUUUACAUCAAUAACUACAACUGCCGAUGAUGCAGUUCAAUUAUCCGGUCCAUGUUCUGUAGGUGAUUCUAAUCAUAAUCAUAAUAAUAAGAGUUUAAUUUGCGAUUUUGGCAAUUCACCUAAUUCAUCAAAUAGUAGUAGUAGUGGUCGUGGAGUUACAUCAUCAUCGUCAUCAUCAACUGGAUCUUCUUUAGUACCUGUUUCAUCAACUUCAUUUGGUGAUACUUUUUCAUGCCGUUCUAUGACAUCAUCUGGUAUUUCUUCAGUAGAAGGUGGUGGUGUAGUUGUUUCAGAUAUGGUAGAACUAUCCAGUUGUUCACCACCUGAUGAAAAUUGCGUCAACUAUACACAAAUUGAUUUUGCACGUACAAUGGCAUUAGGCGAAUUAUCUGGUGAUAUUAUGGCUCAAGAAAAUCAAACGUUGCAUAAAUUACCUUCUACUACAACCGGCAUACGUAUUGCUAAUCGAUGGAGUAGUAGUAAUUCAAACAAAAUUGAUCGUACUACGUCUGUUAAAAAAACAUUAUGUCGUUCUAUACGCCUGAUUGGUCGUGGGACUCGUAAAAAAGUUGGAUAAUUUGCGGGUGAGAAGAAAGAAAAGCAAACGAGAACUAUGUGUAAAUUCAGUUAUUCGUAGUUUACAUAUUGUUCUGUUGUCUGUGGACAGAUGGUUCGCUAUCUUCUUUUUUUUAUAAAGAAUUUUUAUUAAAAUAGUAAUAUAGUGUUGGAUGGAUACUAUGUGCAAUUUGUCGAGGCUCUCUCUCUCUCUCUGUUGUCUGUCUCUGUUACCGGAUCCUUCUCAUCAACCUUAUGCAUGAAUGAAAAUAAGAUAGUAUGUAAUUUUGUGAUUGGUUGACUGUCAUCUACCUAUCCUUUCAUCAUUUUGUUUACUUAUGAAAAUUGACUUUUAUUUUGUAGUGAUUAUUUUUGAUUGUUCUCUUCCACGUUUAAACAGAAAUGUAUAUCCAAGCUAUUAUUACCACUACUACUAAAUAUUAUUAUUUCAGUAGUGUCAAACUAAAUUUUUACGUACUCUGUACCAUUGUUAGUUUUUGUCGUGUUCGACUAUGUGCU